AUGCCGACACCCAUCCUUCCCCGUAUUGACGACUGUGAGUGCACCCCAAGUGUUCAGCACCUCUUCUGGCGCCACUACCUCCUCCAGAGCCCCAUGUACUACAUACGGUGGAUAUACGCAGCCCUCUAUUCUCUCUACCUUCUGUUCACCUUGCGAGCUCCCACUGACAGGGACAUUGUUGGCUACAUAGAGAACACGACCAUGGCUAUGCUGAUCCGCCCUGCAACAGACGGCAAGUCGGGUGAAUAUGAAGUAACAGUAAGAGAUUGCAAGCUGCGUGCCUCGGAAGGAUACAAGCUGAAGAAUAUGUCACUGAGGUACAAGAGAGGCAAGAGGGGCGUCCAGGUCCUUUGCUUUACUCGCAACGGAGUUAAAAUCGACAACAGAUAUCAAAUCUUUUCCACAAUAUACUUUUACCACAUUCAUUCCAUUCACACCAAGUCGCACCUGUUCUCCAAUAACUUGGUUCGACACAUCGUGGAUAACGAUGUAAAGAUUCUCCAGGAGUCGAGCUACACCUCCAUCCCGUUACAUUACGGGCUCCUCCAUUCGUCGUUGAGUGCGCUGGCCUGGGACGGAAGCGUGUCCAGAUAUCUUGGCUACGGUAAUGCAUGUGUUAGAGAAAGCCUAGUGGAGGAGAGAAGGAACAUGAGCGCACUGGCGGGGCAUCAGGCCAUGGAACACUGGAAGUCACAUGGGAAGGACGCCUUUGCUGGCAAACUCUUUAGGUCACGACUUGCACUACAGAAUGUCAUGAAGCGCCAUAAGAUUGACCCAAAGUUGCUGGACCCUCUUUUUAACCACACCAUUGUGCACAGUCUCGACCAUGAUGGCAGCAGUAAGUGGUCGUUCCUAAGGUUCUCUCUCCAUCCAUGGGAUAUCGAAUGCAGCACAUACCAGGCCUUUAACACGAGCAUGUUCCUUAUACUGAUCGGCCAGCCCAAUCUGAACCCGCUGGCACCGAACACCAUCCGUUCCAUCAACAAGCCGUUCUACCAGGACCUGUACCGGGAACUGCGGAAGAUCGACCCCAAGAUGGCGGAUGUAGUCACCGCUAGUGUCAUGUUCUAGAUGGUCGUCUAUACUAGCGUUCUGCAAAGGCGUAUAGCGUAUUUGGCGUAUCAAACUUUAUAACGUUCUUCUUUUAACGCCUAACGCUAAAAUGUACCGCGAACUGCAGAAUCCUACGAAAUUAAUAACCAACCACAAGAGAACGCUAUGAGCGAGAUAUAACGAAGGUUCGGAUUCAACUAUUUGUGUAAUUUUUUGUGUUUGGUAUGUGUGA